ACAACAUUAAAAAAAAACGCGUGUCUGUUUGUAGUGAAUCAAAGGAAUAUGGCUGCAAAACAUCAUCACUUUUUUUGUUUACAAGUGUUUUUGACUGGGAGUGUUAGCGUAUGGCUAUAUCCAUGUAAGCAGCUUUUUUGGUUCCUAUUUGCUUUACAUUUAAAUUAAAGAUGCCUUCUUUGGCUGAAUUGUAUUUACUGUAAACAUGUAAAUACAUGCUUUGUAAACAAACAGAUCUGACAUAUAUGGAGCUUCGCACUAACUUUACCUCUUAGUGAAGCCAAAACAAAGUGCGGUAGUUAUGAUCAGCGGUCUUAAAAUCUUGGGUAAAAACAGAAGAGAAGCCUCUUCUAUACCCAUCUGAGCUGAAUCGUGGAAGGGGCUGGUUGAAGGUGAAAUGCUUUUUUUUUUUUUUUUUCAAACUUUCUCCUCCUUCGAGGUGUGGUUAGAGAGAAAGGCUCAAAAGGGGCAGUUGACUAUGAGUAAGUUGCAGUCAGUCUGUGUUUAAGACCUCACACAGGCGGCCUACCUGUUUGGCCAGGCCAGGUGCCGCAACAGCCUUCCCCGGAUUAAGGCUUGAAGAACACCACCUCCAUCGAAGCCAUAACAGAUCCCAGAUCGCAGCAACAACAUCAACAUCAUGACUUCAAAAGUGCUCGAUGGAGGCUGGGGAUGGGCGAUUGUUGCGGCUUCUUUCAUGGCCCAGUUACUUGCUUAUGGAUCACCCCAGUCUAUGGGUGUACUCUACCCUGAGUGGCUCCAUACCUACCAGCAAGGCAAGGGCUUGACUGCCUGGGUGGGCUCCCUUGUGUCCGGAGUGGGACUAAUAGCCAGUCCUAUCUGCAGCGCCUGCGUGGACAACUUUGGAGCUCGCCCUGUGACCAUCUUCAGUGGUGUAAUGGUGGCUGGCGGCCUGAUGCUCAGUGCCUUUGCUCCAAAUGUCGAGUUCCUUAUCUUUUCCUAUGGGAUUGUGGUCGGCCUGGGUUGUGGUCUGGUCUUUGCAGCCACCUUGACAAUCACCUGUCAGUAUUUUGACAAGAGACGCGGCCUCGCCCUUGGCAUUGUCACGACAGGCACAAGCGUUGGAGCAUUCAUCUACGCUACUGCUCAGAAUGAGCUCAUCGUGUUGUAUGGCUUGCAUGGUUGCCUCCUUAUCAUUGGAGCUUUAGCACUAAACCUCAUGGCCUGUGCUGGCUUCAUGAGGCCCCUUAAUAUGCCUGGGUACUACCUCAAACAGAAGGCCGCCCUCGAGCGCAACACAGAAGAGCAGAUUUUUGAAAAGCCCCAACUGGAAGACCUGAAGAUAACCGCAGGUUCUACUACAGCUACUCCAGAGAACACACUGAGUGUGAAGGAAUUGCUCAUUACCAUUGAUGCCAAGGACUUGGCCAUUCAGACUACGAAGAAAAAAGGCAGCUUCUUUUCUGGGUUCGAUAUCAUAAAAGUCAUCAAAGAGAAACGGCAGGCUUACUCCAAGUACAUCCACUCCACUUGUGAGAUCCUGCAGGACCAAGCGAUGGUGGCUUUCUGCAUCGGUGUCUUCAUGUUUAGUUUAGGCGCAUUCCCACCUGUGCUCUUCAUUGAGGAUGUGGCACAGAGUCAAGGACUCAUUGAAGAAGUUAGUCUAAUUCCUUUGGUAUCAAUAGGGGCCAUUGCAACUUGCGUAGGUAAACUAGGGCUAGGUAUCCUGGUGGACAUCAGGUGGAUCAACAGCAUCUAUCUCUAUGCCUUCACCAUGUUUGCAGGAGGUGUGGCACUGCUCAUUAUUCCUCUCACUAACAGUUAUGUAGGACUGCAGAUCCUGUCUGCCAUUGUGGGUUUCGCCAAUGGAAACUGGUCUCUCACCUCCUACAUUACCACUAAGAUUGUUGGCUUGGAAAAGCUGACACAAGCCCACGGCAUCGUCAUGUUCUUUGGAGGAUUUGGGAUCAUGCUUGGGCCCCCUGUUGUAGGGUGGUUCUUUGACUGGACACAGUCAUAUGACCUGGCGUUCUACUUUAGUGGGAGCUUUGUGUUGCUGGGAGCAUUCCUUCUCACUCUGCUCACCCUUCCCUGCUGUAACGGGAAGCACCCCGAGAAUGACAAACCGGAGGUCCUUUAUAGCAGCAGCUGUGACAAAGUUGCUUCAGUAGCCUGAGUCUGAACACCUUUCAUAAGAUUUCAGAUAUUAUUCAGCAACUGUCUUUGAACUCCUAGAAGAAUAUUUUUGUUUUGACUGUACAGGGGUCACCCACUUAUUUCUGGUGCCAGAUUUUAAUACGCCAAAAUUAUUAAAUAGAGGCCAUUUCUCUGUGCUUGGCCCAGUUUCUCAGGUUAAACCACACACUGCAGAUCUCUUUUGAAGAUUUGACUCUGAUGCCUGUGUUGACUUUUAUUACUGCCUCAUUUUACGAGGUAAAAUGAACAACAUUGUUCAGAUUUGAAACACUGCUAUUCACUUUAUUGUUAGUCUGAAAAAAAAAGACAAGGUGCCAUUCAUAACGCUGGUAAAACAAAUCUUUUUGUUCUGUGUUAAUUUAGCGUGAUGACAAACACACACACAUAGAUAUCUAUCUAUCUAUCUAUCUAUAUAUAUAUAUAUAUCUAUAUAUAUAUAUAUAUAUAUAUCUAUAUAUAUAUAUAUAUAUAUAUAUAUAUAUAUAUAUAUAUAUAUAUAUUUCAUGAUUACUUAACUAUAAUACUGUUAUAUCUUACCAAAGCAUCUGUAAUAGUCAAUACCUGCCAGCACAUAAUGCCUGUUGGAACAAUGAUAAAGCCUUUGUUUUACAUUAUUUUCAAAGUGCAUUCACUUAAUUUAUACACAUACCUCUUUUUUCUGAAUCAAACAGAAGCAGACGAAGUCAUUCUGAUUCAAAAAUAUGUAAGCACACCAAGGAGAUCCCAUUGUUUUUCCAACAAUAGCAGCAUGUUGAUUCUCUUUCUGGUGUGAUUAUUAUGAACUCUGCUGGCAUAUUAGCCUGACCAGGCUGGUCCUUUUCAUUUUCAUGUUUUGUCUGUCUAUGUUUAUGUGUACAUUCUGUCUGUCAGUGUUGACACAGGCAUGUUUGUACAUGAACACAGGUUGAGUGUUUGUAUUAUUUGACCUUGUUCUUUUUUUUGUAUUACAGCAGGUUUGUCCUUUGUGCGUGUGCCAUUUAUAUGCACAAAUCAGCCAUAGAGCUGUAACAAAUGUUUUUGCUUGAUUUGAUUAAUGUCAUCAUAAUUGUAAUGAAUACAUUGCAAUAGGCUUUUUUGGUCACAUGAAUGUUGGUGAAUAGACCACUACAAAUGUCCUUGAUGUUUCGUAACAGUAAGUCUGGCACUAGCGUUUGCUUUAUUUGCUUUUUAUAUUUGUAGAGGGUACUCAUAGAGCAUGGGUUAGGUCCUGUUUAUAUAGAUGAGACUGUAAGAUUUGGCCACUAUUAUUAUUAUUUUUUAUUCCAUUAUUAUACUAUUUAUGUUGUUUGUUUAUGUCUUUACUUCUGUUCAUUUAAACAGAAUUUUUAAUUUAAAAGUGCCAAUAAAAAUAUUCAGAUUAA